AUGUUCAACGUGUCCUGGCUUCCUCCCUUAGCUAGGAACCUGGUCGCAGUUCCACUGCCGCUCAAGGAGUCAGACCAUGAGCUCAUGUUCAACGUGUCCUGGCUUCCUCCCUUAGGGCCACCGGCUAUUGACUAUUCCCUGGAGGUACACAGUGAGACUGACACUGAAGACUGCAGGAUGACCAUGUGUUAUGAAUACAACAUUCCUGGGGACGCUACGUGGUGGACGAUCCCUGCGCACGCGAGCCCCGUCCCUGAAACUUGCGCAGUGCGACCCGGCUGCGCGUACAAAAUAAGACUGCUCGCGCAUCCGUGGGAUGGCCGCACUGAGGCGACCCUGCGCACAGAGUUACAUGAAUGCGUGUCAGGUGUAUGCUCGUGCGCACAUGCUCCGCGUCUCCCCGCGCCGAUUGUGCGCGCCGAAACCGUCUUGGUUAAGGGAGACAUGUUUGUUAACAUCAGCUGGACGCUACCACCCCCGGCCUACCCACAGCGGCUACCGAAGGGGCUGCAGAAACAGUUCUAUUUUGUCAGUAUCGGUGAGCAAAUGGUUUCCGACGCGCACCCAUCGCCCUGGUUCGCGCACAAAAUCACCAGACACGUCGCAGCCACAGGUCCCAUCGCCGCCGGCGACGACCCUCGCUACUACCUGCUGCCGACGGCCGAGAGAAGAGAAGAGAAGAGGUUGAAGAACGUAAAGCUGCUGGCUAGAGUUAGCGUGGUGGAUGAGAGGACGUGCAUUGGACCGGCGGGGAAUGCUACGGCUUUUGAAUCACCAAGCAAGUCGCAGCCUGGCGAUGAACCUCGCUACUACCUGCUACCGACGGCCGAGAGAAGAGAAGAGAAGAGGUUGAAAAACUUGAAGCUGCUGGCCAAAGUCAGCGUGGUGGAUGAGGAAGUGCAUUGGACCGGCGGGGAAUGCUACGGCUUUUGGUAA